AUGUCUAAUCCAAAUUUUGAAGCAGAAUCAAUUGAUAUUAAUGAUGAUUCAUUGCCAACGAUAGAAUAUUUACCUAAUCAUAAUUAUGUUCAUGAUGAUAUGAAAAAUGAAGCUAACAAAUCGCGUUCGAAUAAAAAUUCUCCGUACAAUGAACAUAAAAUUGCUUAUUCUUAUGAUAAUCCUGUUCGUGAUGAUGAUGAAUUAAGUAAUGAUGAACAAGAAAAACAAUUAGAAGAUCAAUUAGAAGAUAUAGAUGAAAUAGAAAAAAUGAAAGGUGCUAUGGCUGCUCCUGCAGGUGCAGCUGAAAUGACUCAACAAACAGCUGUUCAUCAUAGUCGAUUAAAUUUUCUUGCAAAACUUCCUUUUUUUCGUAAUUCAAAACAACCUAAAAAACCUAAACCCAAACGUUUAAAGGCAUAUCAAAUCUAUAGAUUUGCCGAUAAAAUAGAUAUUUUCUUAAUGAUUAUCGGUACAAUAGCUGCAAUAAUAACCGGAGCUCUUUUUCCAGUAAUGUUGUUUCUUUAUCAAAAAGUAGUAAAUGCUCUUACGGAUUUGGGAAAAUUACAGACAAAUGCUACUGCUAGUACUAUCGUUACAAGCAAUAAUAAUAGUGAAUGUUUCACAUUACCGAGCAAUAGUACUAAUUCUAAAUCGCCUCAUGAACAAAUUCUUUACUAUGUUCAUUUCUAUGUACUUCUUGGAUUUCUCAGUAUAUUUUUUUAUUGGAUGGCUUGGGCAAGUUGGAUAAUGGCUGCUGAAAGACAAAUUCGACGUAUUCGUUAUGCUUUAUUUCGAAAUAUUUUACGACAAGAAAUUGGUUGGUUCGAUGUACGUAAUGCAGGUGAAUUAAGUAAUCGUCUUGUUGAUGAUUUAGAUAAAAUAAAAAAUGGAAUAAAUGAAAAAAUGCCGGAUUUCAUGUCUCUUUUGGCUCGUAUGUUAGGCUCAUUAGUCUAUGCUCUUGCAAUAGGAUGGAAAUUAACACUUGUGUUUUUAUCUAUAUCACCAUUGAUAAUUAUUUCAUUCAAUUUAACAGUCAAAGUUAUUAUAAAAUAUACAAUAAAAGAAAUUCAAGCUUUUGCUGUUGCAUCGUCUGUUGCACAAGAAGUAUUGCAAAGUAUUCGAACUGUAACAGCAUUUCAUGGUCAAAGAAAAGAAGAAGAAAGAUUUGCUACAAAUUUAACAAGAGCAAAAUCAAUGGGAUUGAAAAAAGGUUUAUAUAUGGGAAUAUGUCAAGGUUUUAAUCAAAUAGCUACAUUUGGUGCAUUUGCAAUUACAUUUUGGUAUGGUCCGGAACUUGUCCGAACUGAUUGUCAUCAUUACUCAGCUGGUACAGUUAUUGUGGUGUUCGUCGGAUGUAUGGUUGCAACAAAUAGUAUUGCACAAUUUAUCCCAAAUUUUCAAAGUUUUGCCGAAGCUUUGGGUAGUGGAAGUUAUGUAUUUGAGAUAAUAGAUCGACAAACAAAAAUUGAUGCAUCCAUUGACGAUGGUGAAAAACCACAAAGUCUAACUGGUGAUAUUGAAUUUAAGGAUGUUAUUUUCACUUAUCCUGCUCGACAAGAAGCACCUAUUUUAAAUAAACUAUCACUAAAAUUUCCAUCAGGUAAAACAGUUGCUUUAGUUGGAGCAUCUGGAUGUGGAAAAAGUACAACUAUCCAGUUAAUUCAACGAUUCUAUGAUCCAGAACAUGGUCAAGUUUUACUUGAUGGAAGAGAUAUCAAAACGCUAAAUGUUGCUUGGCUUCGUUCACAAAUUGGAAUUGUUAGCCAAGAACCUGUUCUUUUUACUGGAUCAAUCGAAGAAAAUAUCCGUUUUGGUAAUCCAAAUGCAACCGAUGAUGAAGUUCAAGCUGCUGCUAAAAUGGCUAAUGCACAUGAGUUCAUCAUGGAUCUUCCAGAAAACUAUAAAACAACAUCAGGUGAUAAACUAAGUGGUGGUCAAAAACAACGAGUUGCAAUUGCACGAGCAUUGGUUUCAAAUCCGAGGAUUUUAUUAUUAGAUGAAGCAACAAGUGCACUUGAUAAUACAAGUGAACGAGUUGUUCAAGAUGCAUUAGAUCGUGCAAAAGAAGGUCGAACAACAAUUGUAAUUGCUCAUCGUCUGAGUACCAUACGAAAUGCUGAUUUAAUAGUUGGAUUAGAACGUGGACAAGUAAUUGAAGCUGGAAAUCAUGAUAAUUUGAUGGCGAAAAAAGGUCUUUACUAUGAAUUGGUAACAGCACAAACUCAAAAAGAAAAAGAAAAAGAAGUUGAACCGGAGAGUGAUAAAGAAGAUGAAGAAGAAGAAAAAUUUGUUCGACAACGAUCAACAAAUCGCAGUAUGUCAAAACAAUCUAGCAUCUCGGCUGGUGAUGCAGAUGAUUAUAUUGAUGAUGACGACGAAGAUGAUGACCCAACAUCCGAUAAAACUGCAAAGAAAAAGAAGAAAUUUUGUCAUGUUCCUUUUAUUUUUAAAAUGCUUAGACUUAAUGGUCCUGAAUGGCAUUGGAUUCUUUUGGGUGCAAUUUGCUCGGCUUUCUUUGGUGCUAUGCAACCACUUUUUGCAUUAUUCUUUUCUCAAGUCUAUGGUUUAUUUGCUAACCCAGAUCUUAACGAACAAAGACAUUUAGCAAGCGUUUAUGCUGGAGUUAUUUUUGUCAUCGGCUUUGUUGGUGGGCUAAGUCAAUUUUUUAGUAGUGUUGGAUUUGCUAAGUCAGGCGAAGAAUUAACAAUGCGUAUGCGAGUAUUGACAUUUUCUGCUAUGCUUCGACAAGAAAUGGGUUAUUUCGAUUAUGAACAAAAUUCAGUUGGUGCACUUGUUACUCGGCUAUCAUCAGAUGCAGCUGCUCUAAAGGGUUUAACUGGAGUUCGUAUUGGUAUUAUAAUUCAAGCAGCAAGUGCUGGUAUAACAGCUCUUGCUAUUGCAUUUGCAAGUGGUUGGAAAUUAGCAUUUGUUGUUCUGUGUUUUGUUCCUCUUAUGAUGUUGAUGGGAUUGGUUCAAGGUAAAAAACAAGGUAAAGCCGAUAAUGCAAAAGACGAUGAUUCGUGGGCUGAAAAAGGUGGACAGCAUGCUACACAAGCUAUUGAACAGAUUCGAACUGUCGUUGCUCUUCAUCGUGAAGAACAUUUCAUUAAUCUCUAUGAAGGUGCAUUCAAUAAAGAAUUCAAGAGACAAAUGUGUCAACUUCAUAUCAUGGGAAUAGGUUCUGGUGUUGCUAAUUCAGUGAUGUAUUUUCUUCAUAGUGCUACUUUUGCAUAUGGUAGUCAACUUGUCCAAAAUGGAGAAAUGAAAUUCGAUGCAGUAUUUAGAGUUUUUGCUGUUAUUACAUUUGCAAUGAUAACUGUUGGUCGUUCAAUGGCUAUGAUUCCUGAUUAUAAGAAAGGAAAAAUGGCUGCAUUGAGAAUUAUUCGACUUAGUAAACGACAAUCAGAAAUUAAUCCUCAUGAUGAAUCAGGCAUUAUUCUAAAAGAUGUUAUAGGCGAUAUUGAAUAUCGUGAUAUACGUUUUCGAUAUCCAAGUCGACCAACUCUUCGUAUUCUUAGAGAUUUUUCAUUAAAUUGUCCAUCAAGUGGUACAACAGCACUUGUUGGUCCAUCUGGUAGUGGAAAAUCAACUACUGUUGGAUUAUUACAACGUUUCUAUGAUCCAUUAAAAGGCAAAGUUUUACUUGAUGGACAUGAUAUUAAAGUUCUUAAUAUUCGAUGGCUUCGAUCAUUGAUUGGUCUUGUACAGCAAGAACCAGUUCUUUUUAAUCUUUCUAUUCAUGAUAAUAUUGCUUACGGUGAUAAUAGUCGAGAAGUAACACAAGAUGAAAUUGAAAAUGCUGCAAGAAGAGCUAAUAUACAUGAAUUAAUUAUCAGUUUACCUAAGGGUUAUGAAACAUCUUGUGGAGCUAAAGGUGGUCAAUUAUCUGGUGGACAAAAACAACGUAUUGCUAUUGCUCGUGCAUUAGUUCGUCAACCAAAAAUUCUUCUUCUCGAUGAAGCAACAUCAGCCUUAGAUAAUAAGAGUGAAAAAGUUGUACAAGCUGCAUUAGAUAAAGCAAGAUCUGGACGAACUUGUCUAACUAUUGCUCAUCGUUUAUCAACAAUUAAAAAUUCAGAAAAAAUUGCUGUUGUUGAUCGAGGUAGAAUGAAAGAAGAGGGUACACAUGAUGAACUAUUGAGAUUAAAUGGAGUUUAUGCUAAAUUAGCAUUAGCACAAGAACGAACAACUUAA